CUGACAAGAACGAACGGCUGCCGUAGGAACGCGUGGGUUCCCGCGUAGUUCCAAACCUUCAUUUCGUGUGUUUUGUACUUGGUACCGUCUGCACGUAGUGCACCCGGUGUCUGUGUGUGAAGGACAACUUCGGUGGUGGACUACAGAAAAUGAAGCCUGCCCGAGGGAAGACGCCGAAAAAGAAGGGUCCCUCCAGGCCGGCGUCCACCGAGGCGCAAGACCCGGUUGAAGUGUACUGCCGCAUCCGACCGUUGCACAAUCCCAACGAUGUCCCCGUUGUGCGCCUCAUUGACAACAAGAUUGUCCAACUCGAACCCCAGGAGACCAACGGGCAGUCGAGGAACAACGUCCAGAAGCAGUACCGAUACACAUUCAAAUAUGUGUUUGACACCAGUGCCUCGCAGCAAGAGGUGUUUGAGCACGUUGGCCUGCCCUUAGUCAGUGAUCUUCUUCACGGAAAACCAGGGCUCUUGUUCACCUAUGGAAUCACGUCAUCCGGCAAGACGUACACCAUGACGGGGCAUCCGCAGGACGGAGGCAUUCUGCCACGGUGCUUGGACGUCGUGUUUAAUUCCAUCGGAGAAUUCCAAGCCAGGAAAUACGUGUUCAAGCCAGACAAGCUCAACGGCUACGACACACAGACAAUGGCUGAAGCCCUAGGAGAGUACCAACAGGAGAUCAUGCCUCACACGCCGAAGCCACCGAAAAUAAGGAGGAGGGACGACGACGCAAUGGACUGGUCUAGUCGAGUGCAUGAAACUGCCAAGGUGGACGACGUCGACCCCGACAUGGCAUAUGCAGUGUUUGUGUCGUACAUUGAAAUUUACAACAAUUAUGUGUAUGACCUCCUGGAGGACAAUCCGAUAGACCCUCUCAAGACAAAGCAGCUGCAGUCAAAGAUGCUACGAGAGGACUCCAAGCGCUGUGUCUACGCCUUCGGGGUGACCGAGGUGGAAGUGAAGAGUGCCGACGAGGCAUUCGAUGCCUGGUGCCGAGGACAGAAGCGCAAGCGCAUCGCCCACACCGCCCUCAACGCGGAGUCGAGCAGGAGCCACAGUGUCUUCAACAUCCGGCUCGUUCAGGCUCCCCUCGACGCUCAGGGCUUGGAUAUAAUACAGGACAAGAAUGCGUUGAUCAUCAGCCAGCUUUCGCUUGUUGACCUUGCUGGCAGUGAGCGCACAGACAGAACCGGCAACACUGGUCACAGGCUGAGGGAAGCAGGUAACAUCAACAACUCCCUCAUGGUCUUGCGCACAUGCAUUGAAAUUCUGCGGGAAAACCAGACCACUGGGUCGAACAAGAUGGUGCCCUACAGAGACACGAAGAUCACCCAUCUCUUCAAGAACUUCUUUGACGGCGAAGGCAAAGUUCGGAUGAUCGUCUGCCUGAACCCAAGGCCAGACGACUACGACGAGACCUUUCACGUGAUGAAAUUUGCGGAGAUGGCUCAGGAGGUUCUGGUUCCGUGCGCCACUCCAACGACUCCAGCCGCAGUGCCCAACCUCCGCGCCGGUCGCAGACGGCCUAUCUUGCCACGUACAGCGAGGUUUGGCGGCAGCCUAAAAGAGCUUUCCACAAUGCCACCACAAGAUAUCCCAAGGGAAGUAAUCUGUGUGCCAGAGCUACAGAACUACUUGCUCACGGAUCCCUCGGACGGUGAAGUCCUCAGGCGGAUGGACGAAUGGCUGACCCAGAAGAUCUUGUCCAAGAAAGAGGCGAAGGCAAAUGACAUGGCCCUGGCCGAUGACCUGAGGAGGCAGAUCAUCCAAAUGGAAGCAGAGAACGGCGUCUUGAAAGAGGAGCACAAGGUGCUGCGGAUGGACCUCAAGGCGCGAGAGCAGCAGGUGAUUCUGCUCGAGAAGAAGCUGUCCAACGCGGAGCAGUCCGUGCAGGCACUCAACCUGGAGCUGGAAGGCAUGUUCCGCCAGAAGAAGACGGUGGAGAACAUGCUGGACGAGAAGCAGAUGCAGCUGAACAAGGAGGCCAUGGAGAAAGUCCAGAUGCAGCACCGCAUGCAGGAACAGAUCCAGCUGGAGCGGGAGCGCAUGAAACGGGCCAUGAACCAACUACUGGCCGACAAACAGGCCGAACUGGAAGCCAAGCUGAGCGUCAACCACGAGAAGUUCCGCAUCCUGCGCGAAGUGCUCAACGGCGCCGACUGGGACGUUCCCGCCGCUGCCGCAGUUGCCGCUCGUGUUGAGCCGUCCGCACCCCCCAUGUCGUCGGAGAGUGGCGUGACAACCCGCUCCGCGGCAGCCACCAGUGAGUCCUGAUCCGUCGAAGAGUUGCGCCGCUUUUAGCC